UCGGCAAUGGGAGCUGAGAGCUGACAGCGACAUGGCAGCUUGUUUUGUAGCAUCUUUUCAUUCAUGGAGUUGGUUGGUGCGGUGCGCUGAUCCUUCGAGUUUUCAAACAUAUGGUGCUGCUUGUGAUUGUCAAGCUGAAAGUGACCACAAAUGGUGAGGGCCAUCGGGAAUUUUAUGUGCAACUUGGUCUGAUCAGUCGACGCCGAGUGGAUGGAUGUCUCUGGCCAUUACUUUUUUGUUUAUUUGUUUCUCCCCUUUUUUCUCCAAUUCUGUCCUUUUUCGCUUUGUCCAUUGGUGCGAAUCUGCGAUGUAUGUGAGCGCCUAACAGUUGUUUUAGAUCCUAAUUUGUGUGCUGUCUCGCUGGCGAUGAGCUGCUGCUGCUGCUGCUGAUAGGGUUUGAUUGUUUAUAUAUAGGUUUGAUUUUUUUUGAGGAAUUGAUUUCGUGAGGAGGAUAGGAUGAAGGCGCGGAGAGGAAAGCGUCCUGAGCCUUUUUGGCCGUCGAUUGUGAUGAAGAAAUGGCUGAAUAUUCAGCCGAAGUUUAACGACUUUAGCGAGGACGAGGUCGACACCGAGAGCGAGGAUGAUGCUUUCUCGCCUCGGCAUCGAGCCUUGCAACAUGAUCACGUCUGCGAAACGCUCGGAUUUCAAACUGAUGGAGGGAAGCCUCAUAAUGAUUAUUCGGUAAAACACCGGAGAGGAAAAUCGGAAACUUUGCGACUUCAGUACAUUAGUACAAAAGAAGUGAGAAUAGCAAUAUGUACUUGGAAUGUUGCUGGAAGACCGCCUAUGGAUAAUCUUGAAAUCGACGAAUGGCUAUCUACUCAAGAGCCAGCAGAUAUGUACAUUCUCGGGUUUCAAGAAGUUGUUCCUUUGAAUGCCGGAAAUGUACUCGGAGCUGAAAAUCGAAGCCGUAUCCCGAGAUGGGAGUCUCUCAUCCGCAGGACGUUGAACAAGUCGCUCGAGCCCGAAAAUAAACAUAAGAGCUACAGUGCCCCACCGUCUCCGGUUUUAAGGACUUCCUCGGCUUCGGAUGUGCUGGCCGACGUUGCAGACGCUCCCAUGCUCAAUAUAAUCAGCGAAAAUCCGAUAGCGACGUUAAUCGAAAACGAUCCCGAGAUAACCGGAAUCACGACAAACAUCACGCUGAAAAGAAUGCUGAACGCAGACUGGAAAACUAAGCUCGACUGGCCCGAACAAUCGUUGGACGCAACCUCUCAAGUUCUAUCGUCGCAAUCCAAAUUACGACGAGUUCUGAGCAGUUCUGCGAGAAUCGGUUCGACUUUGACGAGCACCCCUCAAAUUAUCCCGUUAGGCGGCUCCGGGUUAAGAAGAAUGCACCGUAGUUUCGAAGACCUCGGACUGAUCUCCGCCGGUGACGACCAUGAAGUUCUCGAUUCGUUAUCCGAUGAAUUGAAUCGAAUCUCCGGAGAAGAAGACGACGAUGAAAAAGCAGAAGCAGAAACAGAAGAAGGCGAUUCUUUCGAAGAAAUGAUCGAAUUCAAAAACGAAAAUGCUGAACCGUAUCACACGGCCAAGUCCCGUCCGAUGUACGUAAGGAUUGUGAGCAAGCAGAUGGUCGGGAUUUACGUUUCGAUUUGGGUCCGGAGGACGUUACGGCGGCACAUUAACAACCUGAAAGUCUCGCCCGUCGGAAUCGGACUCAUGGGCUAUAUGGGCAACAAGGGAUCGGUUUCCGUUAGCAUGACGCUUUUCCAGAGCCGGAUGUGCUUUGUUUGUUCGCACCUAACGUCGGGGCAAAAAUGCGGGGCGGAGCAGAGGCGCAACGCCGACGUUCUCGAAAUUAUACGACGAACACACUUCUCGUCUGCCUUCGACAUCGAUCAACCCCUAACGAUCCCCUCUCACGACCAAAUAUUCUGGUUCGGCGAUUUGAAUUAUCGAAUCAGCUUACCGGAUGCGGAGGUACGGAACUUCGUUGAGAAGAAGCGUUGGGCCGAGCUUCUCAACCACGACCAAUUAAGCAAAGAGCUUCGCAACGGUCGUGUAUUCUACGGAUGGAGAGAAGGGUCGAUAAAUUUCGCGCCGACGUACAAGUAUGAGAUCGAUUCGGAUCGAUACGUCGGAGAGAAUCCGAGAGAAGGUGAAAAGAAGCGAUCCCCGGCGUGGUGCGACCGUAUACUUUGGUUCGGGAAAGGGAUCAAACAGCAGUUUUACAAGCGAGCCGAGGUGCGGCUUUCGGAUCAUCGACCCGUUAGCUCGUUGUUCUCGGUUGAAGUCGAGAUUUUUAAUCAACGAAAGCUCGAAAAGGCGCUUAACUUUUCGAAAGCGGCCGUAUAUCCGGAGGUAUUUACGGACGACGACGACGGGGUGGAGGAGUAUCUUCUUUAGAAUGUCGUUUUAGUUGUGUUUGAUUUUAGUCGAUGUGAUAGAUUAUCAUGUAUCGUAUUUGAAUCGAAAAUUUUGCGAGCUUUUUUCGCAAAGUAAAUAGUAGAAAUGAAUGAAAAUAGGAAGAAUUUUGUCAAAUUUCAUUGAUAGAUUUUUCUAUA